CGGACGGAACAGCAGGGGCGGCAUCGGGCCCUUCCUCGCUCCUUGGAUGCCGAGUCGGGAAGAGGAUCGCCGCUCCCGCAUCCAGGCCCGGCAGGGGUGAGCAAUGAACAAACUGCGGCAGAGUCUCCGGCGCAAGAAACCAUCCUACGUGCCCGAGGCAAGCCGCCCCCACCAGUGGCAGGCCGAUGAGGAGGCGGUGCGUAAGGGGCGCUGCAGCUUCCCGGUGCGGUACCUGGGCUACGUGGAAGUGGAGGAGUCCCGAGGGAUGCAGGUGUGCGAAGAGGCAGUGAAGAAGCUGAAAGCGAGCGGCCGCAAAUCCGUGAAGUCCGUGCUGUGGGUGUCGGCCGAUGGGCUGCGCGUGGUGGACGACAAGACCAAGGACCUGAUCGUGGACCAGACCAUCGAGAAGGUCUCCUUCUGUGCCCCCGAUCGCAAUUUCGACAAGGCUUUUUCCUACAUUUGCCGGGACGGCACCACCCGGCGCUGGAUCUGCCAUGGCUUCCUGGCCCUGAAGGACUCGGGAGAGCGCCUGAGUCACGCCGUGGGCUGCGCCUUUGCCGCCUGCCUGGAGCGCAAGCAGAAGCGCGAGAAGGAAUGUGGGGUGACGGCCUCCUUCGAUGCCAGCCGCACCAGCUUUGCCCGGGAGGGCUCCUUCCGACUGCCUGGACCACCGGCCCACACCACCCGCCCCUCUGGAGCACGCCCCCCCCAGGAUAGGAAAAAAGUGGAAGCAGCGGCCGCCCCCUUGGCCCCGGCCCCAGCCCCCACCCAGCCCGGCAGCGCCUCCCCGCCCCAGGGGGCCGCUUCCCCGGAGGAGGAGGAGGAGGAGGAGGAGGAGAAGGCGGAGGCUGGGGGGGCGCACGCCAUCCCACGCCGCCACGCCCCCCUGGAGCAGCUGGUGCGGCAAGGCUCCUUCCGAGGGUUCCCCACCCUGAGCCAGAACUCCCCCUUCAAGAGGCAGCUCUCCCUCCGCCUCAACGAGCUGCCUUCCACCCUGCAGCGCAAGGGCCGCUCCGAGAGCAGCAGCGGGGGCGCAGAGGCCGAGGCAGCUCCCAGCAGGGACUCGGACAGCAUCUCGGCUCUCUGCACCCAGAUUGAUGCUUCACUCGCCCAGCCGGCUGGAGAGCCCCCCGCAGCCCUGGUGCCAGCGGAAGGGGGCAGCGCAGGACCCCCUUCCUCAUGGAACGACCCCCAGGCCCAGCCCCUGUUCCAGCCGGGACACAAGAGGACCCCCUCGGAGGCAGAGCGCUGGCUGGAAGAGGUUGCCAAGGCUGCCAAGGCUCAACAGCACCAGCAAGGGCCCCUGGCCGCCCCCCCGCCUCUGCCCAGCUUUCCUCUAGGCUACGGGGCAGCCCCCCUCCCCCCAGGCCUCUUUGCGUCUCCCCACCUGCCCCCCACCUUUGUGCCUGUGGGCACUGCCUACGUACCUGCCUUGCCCUUCCCUGCCCUGCCCAGCGUGCCCGUGGUGGGCAUCACGCCCUCCCAAAUGGUGACCAAUGCCUUCUGCUCCGCCACACAGGCCCCCAUUACAAGUUUGGGGCUCAAGGCCAGCCCCUUCCCUCAGGCCCUCCUGGACCCCCCUCGGCUCAGAGCCAAUGGGACUGCCUGGCCCUCCGAGCAAAGCCCCCCAGGCAUUUCUGCCUCCCACCCUGAGCCCCCGGACCCCUUUGAAACCCAGUGGGCUGCCCUAGAGUCCAAGGCUACCACUGCUGCCCCCAACCCCUUUUCUGGCGACCGGCAGAAAACCUUGGAAAUUGAAUUGUGAGCCUGAUUUUUAAGGUUCCCCCUUAGCACCCCACCUGGCUAGGCCAGAUUGUCUAAACCUUGAGUGGGGAGAGCUGGCUGGGAGCAGCGCUUCGAAAGGCGGCCAGUGGGGAUCGGGGGAGCUGCCCCCAAGUGAUAGGGGAGCCCCACAGGCACUGCUGGUCUGGCCAGAUCACGGCUGGGAAGCCAGUUCCCCUCCUGCCCAGGCCGAGAGUCAGUGGCCAGUUGGAAACCAGGGUAAGCGAGAGGCCUUCUGGGCCGGCCCCAGCCUCCAGAGAGCAGGGGAAGGGUGGGGUGGUCUCUGCUCUCCCCCCCCCACCCCCGUGCAGCCCCAGAGCAUCCCUGUCUUGGUCAGUCAGUUCCCCCACUCCGUGCAUGGCAGGCCCCCUCCUCCCUGGGCAGCUGUCCUCUCCCUGCCCAAAAGGGGGGGGCAUCAUUGUGGAGCUGCUGGGGAGGCGC